CGUCACCCCUCUUAUCUCCGGCCCCUCUCCCUCUCGUUGCUUCUCUCCCUUCCCGUUCCAUUCCAUCCGUCCACAGUUCUUGUGGGAACCCAGGGAUCGAUCGAUCUCGACGGGGACGUCUCGACCUUAUUCUUCCGAUCCGUCUUGGCCCUGACGAGCACUGGCAAGCGCGCGAGCGGCAACCCAAAUGCACAUGCUACCCCUGCUGUGAGCUCGCUCUCCAAGCUGCUAGCUACGUUACAGAGCAAGAACCAUGGAGCUCAACAGGGUGCUGUACAUGUACGCCGGCACCGUGGCGCUACUGCUCUGCUCCGCGGUGAACUUCAUCCAGAGCCCCUCCGACGUGUUCGGCCCCGUGGCGCUCCUGGAGCCGACACCCUCCGCGGCGCGCGACUUCGGCGCCGUGGUCUCCGAGGCUCCCAUCGCGGUGAUGCAGCCCGGGUCCCCCGCCGACAUCGCGCGGCUCCUGGGCGCGCUGUCGUCGUCGUCGGGGCCGAGGGUGGCGGCGCGCGGCGCGGGGCACUCGCUCCACGGGCAGGCCCAGGCGCGCGGCGGCAUUGUGGUGGAGACCCGCGCCCUGCCGCGCCUCGUGGAGGUGGUGCGGCGCGGGGACAGCGACGGGGACGGGGACGGCGGCUACGCGGACGUGGGCGGCGGCGCGCUGUGGGUGGAGGUGCUGGAGGCGUGCCUGAGGGCCGGGCUGGCGCCCCGGUCGUGGACGGACUACCUGUACCUGACUGUGGGCGGGACGCUGUCGAACGGCGGCAUCAGCGGGCAGGCGUUCAAGCACGGCCCGCAGAUCAGCAACGUGCUGCAGCUGGAGGUGGUCACCGGUACGCCCGGAGGCCUCGCUGCGCGCAUGCGCCAUCUGCCGCGCGCCAAAUCAUCCCUGUCUCUCUUUUUUUUUCCCUCCCCUCCAUGUCCCUUCCUUUUCUCUGCCGGGGCUUUGUUUCUUUGCUGUUUUGUUUAUGUGUUGCUUGUCGUCCCGUCGGUUGCAGGCACAGGGGAGGUGGUGACAUGCUCACCCACCCAGAGCCCGGAGCUUUUCUUCGCCGUUCUUGGUGGCCUCGGCCAGUUCGGUGUCAUAACCAGGGCAAGGAUCCCGCUGCAACUUGCUCCGCCCAAGGUGAGAUGGGUGAGGGCCUUCUACGACAGCUUCGAGACGUUCACCAAGGACCAGGAGCUUCUGGUCUCAAUGCCGGAGCUGGUGGACUACGUGGAGGGGUUCAUGGUCCUGAACGAGCAGUCCCUCCACAGCUCCUCCGUCGCCUUCCCGGCCCCGGUCAACUUCACCCCGGACUUCGGCUCCGACGCCGGCAGCAGCAGCAGCAACAAGGUCGUCUACUACUGCAUCGAGUACGCGGUGCAUGACUUCCAACAGCAAGACUCCGCCGCCGCCACUGCUGAUCAUGUUGUGGACCUGGUCUCGGGGAAGCUGAGCUAUCUGAGGCCCCACGCGUACAGCGUGGAGGUGGCCUACUGGGAUUUCCUCAACAGGGUGCGGGUGGAGGAGGAGAGCCUCAGGAGCCGGGGACUCUGGGACGUGCCGCACCCCUGGCUCAACCUCUUCGUGCCCAGCCAUGGCGCCGCGCGCUUCAAGGACAUGCUCAUGGACACCGUCACGCAGGGAGACUUCGAGGGGCCCGUCCUCGUCUACCCCCUCCUCACUGACAGGUGGGACGGCAACAUGUCGGCGGUGGUUCCGGCGUCGCCGGACGGGGUGGUGUACGUCUUCAGCGUGCUCCGGUCGACGGACCCGGCGCGGUGCGGCGGCGCCUGCGUGGAGGGCAUCCUGGAGCAGCACCGCCGGGUGGCCGACGAGGCCUGCCGCCGCCUCGGCGCCAAGCAGUACCUGGCCAGGCAGCCGUCGCGGGCGCACUGGCGGGAUCACUUCGGGCCGGCGGCCUGGGACCGGUUCGUGGCCCGGAAGGCCCGCUUCGACCCCAUGCACGUGCUUGGGCCGGGCCAGGGGAUUUUCUCGUGGGCCGACGACUCCGCGAGCUCGUUGUGACGGUGGUGGUGGUGGUGGGCUUUUGGUCCACUCACGAACUUAGCAGCUAGCGGUGGAAGUAGUAGCUAGGCUGAUGAGUAGUUGAUGAUGCUAGUUUAGAUGAGAUUGUCAUAUUGUUCAUUCAGGUGGAGUUCCUAUUUAGGUUCCUAGGUACUUUGUUGGCAGGAGGCUCAAGGUUUAAUGUUCAUUCUUUUUUUGCUACUUAUUUUUGUGCUGUGUUUAGCUGAUUAGUGGCCUCGGAUCCUAAAAGUAGUUGUUUGGCGAGAACAAAGAAUUCCUCCGCUGGUUUUGUUCCAUUUCGAUCAUUGGAAUGACCAUCGGUUUUCUGCAUGCCA